AUGUCCACACCAAUCAGCACACCAGAAGAUUUAGCUGCACAAACUGAAAUUGAAUAUGGUGUUCUUUCUCAUGGGUCUACGUGGGAUUUUUUCAAAAGAUCGCACAGUUCGUUAUACAGUAAAAUGUGGCAGUUCAUGAACUCGCGGACACAUGUGUUUGUGGAUACAUACGAUGAAGGCAUUCAAAGAGUAAGAAACUCAAAUGGCAAGUUCGCUUUACUCAUCGAGUCUCCCAAAAAUGACUUUGUGAACAUGAGGAAACCUUGUGAUACAAUGAAAGUCGGACGUAACUUAGACGUCAAGGGCUACGGCAUAGCGAUGCCACUUGGGUCUCCGCUAAGGAAUCGAAUAAAUGCUGCAAUUGUUCAAUUGACAGAUAGCGGUGAACUUACAAGGCUAGAAAACAAAUGGUGGGUUGAUGAGUGCGGUUACGAGGCAAAGGAGUCUUUCCGCAAUGCCGAGCUGACGUUAAACAACAUUGCUGGUAUAUUUUACAUACUAGUACUGGGACUCAUCGUGGCCAUCGCCGUGGCAUUGUUCCAGUUCUGCUACCGGACGCAUUCGGAUCAAGCCAACUCAAAAGUAAUACGAUCAUGA